CUAGAUGUCAGCAUUCUCAACAGUUGUGUCGUGGCCUGAUAAGACUCCACUAUCUCAGCGUGAGUUUGUUUCGGUGGCACCGGGCUUGUCGCUUGAAUAUUGCUUCACUCACUAACUCACACACACUGCAUUAGAGUUCAGCUCAUCGAGUUUUGUCGACGGGGAGGAGUCGCGUGGCGUCCACUAACCCACACACGGACAUCUCGACUUCACAAAUACCUUCCCCGGUCAUUUAGGACUAAUAAGGACAAAAGGACGGAAGAGUUCCACCGUGGGAAUGACGGAGACACAGACAAACGCUUGGCACUAAUCUCGGCCAAUGACUGACACAUAAAGCAAGGGAGAUACAUCUUAUAACUGGCUGGCGCUGAGAGCAGCCUGGGGACUGAGGCUUGGCUCUCGAAAGGAUUCAGCUCUGAAUGCUCGCAUAUCUCAGGUUUUAUUGUGUGCAUGCGUGUAGUUUUAAUGUAGCUAUCCAAACAAUAGACAGUCUGAAGAGGGGAAGUAGGAGCUUGUAAUACACGCUUUUCUCGUGUUUGCCAGCCAGACGGUGGGCAUAGGAAAACCGAAGUCCUGUUUUAUACUACUGGACACUUCUGAAGCGGUUUAAAUAAUUAGCUCUUUACCGAUCCACGUUGAAUAAUUAAACCCCUCGUUUUACUUAACAAUUAGCUUUCGGUUUCUCUCCAAGGGACUUGUAUGCGCUUGUUAGUCUAUUUUAGCUCCAUAUCACCCCGGAUGAAGGACGAUAGAUGUGCUUUUUCCAGGAAAGAGCAGCUUUAUGUGUGACUUUAUAGUCUCUAAUGAUAUUGUUUAAGCACUGACAGAAGUUUUAAACCUCCUGCUUUAGUUUCUCUCGGCUCGGAGUGUUAUUGUCAUAAAGAUUAUGGCAGCCGUUGUGAAUUACUCUCCUCCCUGGUGGGUUAACCUUCUUCACAGACUGCCUCACUUUAAUCUGCAAUUUGAACAAACCAGCAGUGAUUUUCGACCCGAGGACUCCUCAUACCAACAGUCUAUCCUGCUGCUGGGCAGUGUAGCUCUGGCAUGCUUGGCCUUGGACCUCCUCUUCCUCGUCAUCUACUCCUGCUGGCUGUGCUGCCGCCGUAAGAAGAGCGACGAGCAGCCAAACGCAGACUGCUGCUGCACCGCCUGGUGCGUCAUCAUUGCCACCCUCGUCUGCAGCGCUGGCAUUGCUGUUGGUUUCUACGGGAAUGGUGAGACCUGUGAUGGUGUGAAUCGGUUUACCUACUCCCUCCGCCAUGCUAAUCGCACCGUGUCAGGAGUGGACAGACUGGUGUCAGAAAGUACAUCAGCUCAGAGCCAGACUGUGGACGAGAACCUUCAGCUACUAAAGGACCAGUAUGCAAAGCACACUGACUACCUGUCCAUUGUACACAAACUCCAGGAUCAGCGGAGGGAGCUGGUUCGUCAGAUGACUGGCAUUCCCUUUGGGAGCGAUCUCAGCAUCUCCCUGGAGGAUCUGGCAACCCAGAUUGAACUAUAUGACUGGUACAGGUGGCUGGGCUACCUGGGUCUGCUGCUGUUUGAUGUGCUCAUUUGCUUGCUGGUGCUCUUCGGCCUUAUCCGCAACUCCAAAGGAACUCUGAUUGGGGUGUGUUUUCUGGGUGUGUUGGCGCUGGUGAUCAGCUGGGGCACACUGGGUCUGGAACUGGCGGUCUCCUCGGGCUUCAGUGACUUCUGUGCAGCGCCUGACAUGUACAUGACAGAGGUGUCAGAGCAGUAUAUGCUUAUGAAGAAAGAUAUCCUGCAGUAUUACCUCACAUGUAACGUGGGUCAUGUCAACCCCUUCCAACAGAAGCUGUCAGGCAGUCACAAAGCACUGGUGGAAAUGCAGGACGAUGUGUCAGAACUACUGCGCUCUGCAGUCCGAGAAUACCCCACAACAAAGGGAAACCUUGAGCAAAUUCAGGGGGGUUUGAACACCACUGAAGUCGGACUGCACCAGCUCACUGCUCUUGUGGACUGCCGCAGUUUGCACAUGGAUUAUGUGCAGGCAUUGACUGGCGUGUGUUAUGAUGGACUGGAGGGUGUGAUCUACCUGGUGCUGUUCUCAUUCAUCACAGCUCUCAUGUUCACCUCUGUCGUCUGCAGUGUGCCACACACAUGGCAUGGCAAAAGGCCUGAUGAGGACAGUGAGGAGGAGUCCAUGGCUCAAGGAGGCAGACAGAAUCAUGAUAACCUGUACCGGGUGCACAUGCCCAGUCUCUACAGCUGCGGCAGCAGCUACGGCAGCGAGACCAGCAUCCCUGCAGGAGCACACACUGUCAGCAAUGCUCCUGUUACCGAGUACAUGACCCAGAAUGCAAACUUCCAGAACCCUCGCUGUGAGAACACUCCUCUGAUCGGGAGAGAAUCUCCUCCUCCGUCUUACACAUCCAGCAUGAGGGCCAAGUACCUGGCCAACGCCCGGCCCGACCCCGACAGCAGCACCUCAGCAAACUAGAGGAACACCGUCAUCUUUCCUUUCCGUCUAAAGCUCGCCCUCACCCCCAUGUUGUGCCCACAGCCCAGACCGGUUUCACCCAUCCAGCCAUGUUGAUAUCUGAUGCGUGCUCUCCAACCCAGCUGAUACAGGACGUCCUUGCAUCAUGUAAAUCCUGCUGUCAGAGCAAUGUUCCAGAGGCCUCUUGGGCUGUUUCCAGAUGGCCAGUUCAGUUCAGGCAGCUAGUAGGGUUACUCUCAGCCCUGAGUGCUUGUGUGUGAGCGUCUGCAACGAGUAUGAACUUCAUUACAUAAAGAUGCAUUGAGUGACGUGUGUAUGUGUGUGUUGAUCCAUGCUGCCCUUGCUCAGUUGUGGUGCUCUUUCCAGAGGUUUAGAAAAGGUCCAAAACUGAAGAACUGGACUGGGUUUAACACCCAUAACCCUACAUUCGUGCAUAGCCUCUGUCCUCUGGUCAUCUGAAGUAAUGUGACCUUCUCCAUUUGCAGGACCUACUGCCACAUCCCGACUCUACCGUUUACAUCAGUGGCAUCUACUGUAAUAUUACUGAACCUAUCUAAUCUGAAUAGCAUGAGAGCAAUGAAAGUUUUCCCAGAAUUCAGUAAUUGGGUUCCACUUGUUGAGGUCAGCAAUUGAGUAUCAGUUGUGGUGAUUUAUGGAAGUGAGUGUACUUGAUUACAUUCACUAUAGUUUCAGACACCAAAAAGUGCACUAUAUUUCAGACACAGCCCAAGUUUCUCUUCAAAAAGUUGCUUUUUCGUGACUCCAAUGGACCAUUUGAAGUUUAUGGACAUGCUUGCUUUAGCAAACCUGUUGCGUUACGGAUUCCGGUGUAAUGCAUGAAAUCAAGCCAGAGUUAGCGCAGCUAGCUUUUGCAUUUUUGUACUUGUGUAUAGUAUGUUUCAGUACUAAAUCUGUAGCAUAUGCUGGUUGUGAGGAGAUAUUUCUGCAUUUUUCAUCUCAUUUGCAGACUUGAGUUUUCAGUUAGUGUUUUCUUGUUGGGUUCUUAUCAAUACACAUGGACUGAAUUAAACCAACUACUCAUUUAACUGGGCUUCAUCCACUGCCAUGACUGGAAAACCUGGACAAGCAGAUCUGGACAAACCAGCCUAAAAAAGAGGAUUUUGAGGAAACCUCGUCAGAUUAUUGAGCAAACGCUGAUGAUCUGGACAACCUCAAACUGCUUUUAUAUCCAAGUACUUUCAGUCUGAAUUCAACAGAACUCUAAAACUGCUAAUGCUGGGAUCACAUCUGAACAUUACAUUUGUCCUAAUACUGUACAAACAUGGAGACACUGGGACCAGAUUGGACAGUUUGUCAUCUCUUAUCUGUUCUAGGAAAGAAGCUGGGAGAAGUUAACUGUAGUGUACACCGUGUAAACCUUGAUUUUGCUGAUCAGUUUAGUCCUAAGGACGGGGGACCCCAAUAUGGCAGGAAGUAAAGUCAUCAAUGUCCUGUUUUUUUUUUUUUUUUUUUUAUUCAAAGAAAUGGAAGAAUGCCACAAGCCUCUGUAAAUUCUGCUGUAAUUCAGUGUGACUUUCAAAGCCCGCAAUUUCCUGGGCUAGUUGCUUCUGUACCACAAAUUGCUUUCAUUCCCAGAGUUAAGGGGAAACUUGCCGUCCCUGAAGAGGACAUAAAAGUGAUGUGCUGUCAUCCAGAAUAUUUUCCCCUUGAUGAGAGCACAGACACACAGGAGGCUGGCAUCUGAUCAGGGUGAACUCCCUUUUCCCUCAAAAGACCUCUCUCUGAUGUUAUAGACCCAGUCUCCCCUCUCAACCUUAUAAAGUGGUGCCAAUGUUCUCAUAUCAUGGGCAUCUAUGGUCCCACCUUCACACACACACACCUCAAGACUGACUGCCCUCAUACUGCCAACAUCACAAUUCACCGACACCAAGUCCAGGUCAUAUCCUUACCAUUUCAGGGCUCAACAACAAGCAUUCAAAAAUGCUGCUUUUUUAGUAUCCACAUGCUCUAGAUUCAUAACGAUAAAGGUUCAUUAUUCAUGAAGAAUAGAUGAAGCAUUGGUUUGGUGGUUCAUUCGUAUAGUUGAGCCCUGAUUCCCAUCUGCGAGGGCUCUGCGUGCUUCACGCUUUUUAAAUACAGACUGAUAACAAAUGCUAAUGUGACAGCGUUGCUCCUGAUGUCCCAGACUUCUGUGAAAACAAGCAAGGACUUCAUGGGGAAGGUGUGCAUUACAGCUAUAAGCAAGCAGAGCCUCAGCUUGUGUUCUUCAGCUAUUAUUGGACCUUGUGAGUUCUUGUGCUUCUCAAAGGCAUGAUCGUCCUAGAAACAUGGAGGAGAACCAUGUUGUGUGCUACUGACGCUUGCACUGGUUUCUCGAUUGAUGCUUUUGUGAUCAAUGGUGAGGUCCAUACGUCCUCAACUGUGCCAAUAACUGACAUCUUUCCUGUAUUUCUAAUUGUUUCGCAUCUUUGCAGUGGACUCUCGUGAGCUCUGUGUGGUCUGUGCAACCAGAUGAGACACCUGUGAACAUGAGCCUGACGGAUUUUGAUUUUUCUCUGUAAUAACCAUGUUAGUGAUGAUCCAGUCUCUCUUUUUAUGUUGCUAUUUACUUUGGUAAUGUCAUACUGCAAGAAUAAUGUAUAUACAGUAUAUUGAGCAAAUGUUUGCAAGGAAAUGCCCCAUUAAGGACAUGAAAUUGUGAUUCUAGUACAAACAUGAUUUUCUUUUCUUUUCCUUUUUUUUCAUAGUCCUCAUGGCAUAUUUUUAGACAUAUUAGGAAGCACAAAAUAUUUUCUCUUGAAUGCGAUUCAAUGAUUUUGGUCUUUUAUCGAGAUGUUUUUAUAUGACUUCACUGUAGGAUGAACUUUUUUUUUCAGUUACUAAAAUAUUGUAAAUGUAAAACCUGUGGUUUUAUUGAGCUUAAACUCUGUGUUUUCAGAUUAAACCUAACCUUAACUGA